CCUAAAGUUUGGGUUUAGGGUUCUAUGGAAGUCGUGAAGGCGGGAUCGUGCGUGCUGCUCGACAUCAACAAUGGCGAGCAUUUCGUGUUCUCGCGUCUUACCCCGGCCGCCACUGUCAAGCUUGGCAAGGCCAAGUAUUCUCUUGCGCCGGUCAUUGGAUGCCCGUUUGGAUCGCAAUUCGAGCCCAAGUCCUCGUCGCUGGAACGAUCGUCUCGCGCUGAGGACAAUAACGCUGGCGAAGAGGAAGAGGAGGAAGAAGAAAAUGCUGCAACGAAGGAUAACAGGAACCUCAUCGAUGAUAACACUGCGCAGACACUCUCGGCCGAGGAGAUCCAUAGCAUGAAAAGAGAAGGCUCCUCCGGACAAGAGAUUGUGAAUGCGUUGAUUGCAAAUAGCGCGUCGUUUGAGUCAAAGACUACUUUCUCACAGGAGAAGUACAAGCGGAAAAAGCAGAAAAAGUACGCUCCUCGGGUCAUAAUCAGGUGUCCUACUGCUAAAAGUGUUUGUGAGGCAUAUUUUUCUAAAACUCCAGCGAAGAUCGGGUUUAUAAGAGUUGAUAGUUUGUCAAUGAUCUUGUCAUUAGCCAAUGUAGGCGAGAUGUCCAACGUUUUGGUCUCAGAUAUGGUCGGAGGACUCUUGACGGCUGCAGUCGCAGAACGUUUGAGCGGCUUUGGCACGGUUUGUAGUGUCUACUAUACUCCAAAAGCUCCAUCUCUGGACAUUGUGGGCCUCUUUAACUUUGACUCCGCAACAUCUAGUAGGAUAUUUCGAGUUCGGCUUUCUACGCUUCUAGAAAGCUACAAUUCUGGUUUACAAAACGGAGAGGCAGCACCUCUUGUCGUAGAACAGGAGAAAAACAUGGAAGAUGAUUCAGGCACAGGCAAACUCCCGCAAAGCGAGCAACCGAUGGAUGUGCAACCGGAAAAGGCUGUUACCGAGGCAGAACAGGCGAAAGACAUGGAAGAUGAUUCAGGCACAGGCAAACCACUGCAAAGCGACCCAUCGAUGGACGUGCAACCGGAAAAGGCUGUGACCGAGGCAUCACAAACAAGCGUGUCCCAGAUCUCCGAGAACUUGGAACCGGCCUCUACGAAUCCAACAAAGCAACGACUGAUACAGCAACCAUCGAACGAAGACGUUUCUGAUUGGGUGAAAACUGGAUUCUCGAGUCUGAUAGUCGGGGCUUUAAACGCCGAUCCUUUGAAGACUUUGCAGCAACUCAUUCCGCUUCUAGCCCCCUCCGCUCCUUUUGUCAUCUAUCAUACUUACCUGCAACCUCUUGCGGACUGCAUGUUUGCCUUGCAAAAGGAACGCACGGCAGUCAGUUUGCAGCUCUCGGAGCCAUGGAUGAGAGAGUACCAGGUUCUUCCAUCCCGCACGCAUCCCCACAUGCAAAUGAGCUCCACAGGUGGAUAUAUACUAAGUGGUAUCAAAACUCUACCACAAUGAAACACAAAAGAAAAAUCCUCAGGAACAAAACAACAACAAAGCGAUAAAACUCCUCAAGAGGCGACAGCUCACAUAUGGACUGAGUGAAGCGUUAGGUGAUGUUGCUCCGGCAGCUGCCUUCAUUUCCCAGCUUGUCCAAGAGCCGUGCAACAGAUAAGUCUUAAAAACUCUCCUUUUUCUUUCUCUUUCAGAAAGGGAUUUGCUUGCAAGUUGCAACUAGAACAGACAGAAAAGAAUCGUGUCCUUGAAAGCACUAGAACUUGGUCGGUUGGGCACGACUCAGCGUCGUGGAGUCGCAAAUUCAUUGAUUGAAAAUGUGGACUGAGAUGGAUUGAAUUCUUGUAGGAUUUUAUGGUG